AUGGAGGAGCAAAGAGAUUCACCAAAGAGGCCAUGGGACACCUGUCAAGAGGUCCCAAUCAUUGAAGAUGAACAGACACCAUGGAAAAUGAUCAAAAUGCUAAAGAUCAUCACUUCGAUUGCUGUAGCUAUUAUUGUGUUUGGAUUGGCGCUAUGCAGCAAGACUUCUUUUCUCCUCCUAAUCACGUUGUCCAAUGAAGGCACAAAGACUCUCUCUGCUGAGCACAAACCUGUUGCAUUGCUGUGUAUCGCCUGCUCUCUCAUCAUGUCCAGUGUCUUUCUAUUCCUCAAAAGCAUCUGGAAAGCAUGUUAUAAGACAUCAAAGCCUCCCAGAAAAACAACUGUAGCCCUCGUUCUGUUCUUUGAGUUUCUGGCAUCUGCAGGUGCAGCAAUUCUCACCAUUGCAGCAAUGCCACACUUGGACAUUGUGACCAAUGUGACAAUACUGAAUGGAGUAGCUAUCCUCUCUGCCCUCCUACAGCUGGUUGCCCAGUGUACUGCCAAACAAAGGAAUUGCUUCCUGCUGCCUUCCACCUUUGGUUUCAUCCUCAUUUUGAUUGGUUACAUCCUGUUUCUUCUCUUAUACAUCAUGAAGAAUCCUUCUGAUAUGAAAAUGGCCAUCUGGGUGGGGCUGGCUGUUGGAGGGUCCAUUUUAGUAUCUUUCAACUGGUGGGAAAACUACUUCAGAAUAAUCUCACAGAACAGCAGCUCCAUCUUUCUCAAGAACCUGUGCAAAAACAUAACCAAAUGCCAGAACAUGCUGCACAUCCUCUCCAGCCUCCUCAGGAUCGUGGUGACCACCUGCAUAAUUGUGGCCUAUGUCCCUCUAGCCAAAAUGGACUGGGACUUCCUGACAUCAAACACAGAGACAAGGAUUAUAGCCGUCAUCAUUGGAGUCCAGCUGAUCUCCUCAGCACUCUGCCACUGGUUUGGCUUGGCAGCCUGCAAGAUGCACGCCCUGCGACAAUGCUUCCUCCUACCUCUGUACCUGGCCUCUCUGGCUGUCAUGGCUCUGUUCAUCAUUCCAGUCAUUGUUUACUAUCAGGACUACAGAACAAGUCUGAAUGGGACUGCAAACAUCAACUUCACAGACUACUGUGAGGUCGCUGUGGAUGGAAGAAAGCAAAGCCUGAAUGGCAAUGUGUUUCCACAACUGGUGCUGGAUGUUACACACACUCUGUGCUUCCUGGACAUGUCCAAGACAGCUGAUAUUGGUAUACUCACAGGUUCAGCAAUGUCCUGGUGGAUUGGUCUUGUUCUGGUAACCCUACAUCUCUGGAAGCUCAAUGUGUACCGCAUCCAAAGGACUCAAGAUCUGUUCAUCAGGAGGCUGUAUGAGGGAGCCUUUAUCGAGCAGUCCCUGCUCCUCAACAUCCGGUUUGAUAUCCAGACCAAAGAAAAGAUGAAAAAACUUAGGGAUUUUGAACCGGUGAUGGUGUAUCUAUGUGCGACCAUGUGGCAUGAGACCUACGAUGAGAUGAUGAACAUUAUAAUAUCAAUAUUCAGACUGGACAAGUACAGACCAAAGGAAAACCCAAAGAUCAACGAUUUCACCUUUGAAGCUCAUAUCUACUUUGAUGACGCCUUCAUAGAUGUUGAGGGGAGUCGCCACCUGAAUGAAUAUGCUGAGAACCUUGUGACAACCAUUAAAGAAGUUUAUGUUAUAUUCAAGAACAUUGAUGAAAAGUUCUUCAGAAAGCAGCAGCAAGUCCCCAAUCAGAAUAUCAUAGAGACGCCAUAUGGAGGUCGUCUUGUCAUCACCAUGCCUCAUGGGAACAACAUUGUGGUUCACUUCAAGGACAAAGAACGCAUCCGCCACAAAAAGAGAUGGUCUCAGAUCAUGUAUCUUUAUUAUCUUCUGGGCUGGAAACUUAUGUCCAAAUAUUACACUCGGUUGCAGAGGGGAGAGGAUGAGAAGGAGCUAAUGAAACAGGCCAAGAAAGAGAAGCACAACACCUACAUCCUGGCUUUGGAUGGGGACACAGACUUCCAGCCAUCUGCUGUGAUGUUGCUCAUCGACCGUCUGAGAAUGUACCCUCGUGUUGGGGCAGCAUGUGGCAGGAUUCACCCCACUGGAUCAGGUCCUGCUGUUUGGUUCCAGAAGUUUGAGUAUGCUGUCAGUCACUGGCUGCAGAAGACAGCUGAGCAUGUGAUUGGCUGCGUGCUGUGCAGCCCUGGCUGUUUCAGUCUGUUCAGAGCAGAGGCUCUAAUGGAUGACAAUGUGAUGAAGACAUAUUCUACCAAGUCCACAGAAGCAAACCACUACAUCCAGUAUGAUCAAGGUGAAGACCGCUGGCUGUGCACUCUGCUACUGAAGCAGGGAUGGAGAGUGGAGUACAAUGCAGCAUCUGAUGCCUACACCAAUGCACCAAUGGACUUCAAAGAACUCUACAACCAGCGUCGACGAUGGGGGCCUUCAACAAUGGCCAAUGCUGUGGAUCUGCUGGGCUCCACCACAAUUAUUUCCAAGAGGAAUCCAUCCAUGUCAAAACCCUUCAUGUUUUACCAGCUCUUUGCCAUCAUUUCAGCCAUCCUGGCGCCUGCCACCACCUGUCUUUUGCUUGCAGGGAGUUUGACCUUCAUGUUUAGCAUUGAUUCUACUGCUGCUCUGGUCAUCUCUGUGAUACCUCCACUCAUCUACCUGGGUCUUUGCUUCAAGCUCAAAUCAGACACUCAAAUCACCAUUGCAGCAGUCUUGAGUGUCUUUUAUGCAUUCCUUAUGUUGGCAGUGACAGUGUCUAUUAUUGGCUCAAUGAUUAAGGACAAAACCAUCCUGACACCCAGCAGCAUUUUCAUAAUCUCUAUGGCCAUCAUUUACAUAAUCACUGCAGUAAUGCAUCCUCAGGAAUUUCCUCUGUUGUUCUAUGGCUUUCUCUACAUCCUCUGCAUCCCCAGUGCCUACCUCCUGCUCAGCAUCUACUCCGUGGUCAACAUGAACAAUGUGUCUUGGGGCACGAGGGAGACAAAACCUGCUGCUGGUACAGCUCCACCUCCAAGUAGCAGCCUGCAAACAAAAGCACAGAAAGCCAAAAGCUUCUUCCAGCAGCUCUUCUCAUGGGUCAAAUGCUACAAAAAAUCCAGCCAGAGAUCUCAAGGUGAACAGGUCAGCAGCAGCCAGGAAACCAUGGUCCCAGAGCCUGAACAGCCUCAACCUCGACCCCAAAACACUACUGUGGAUGACAUGAGCAUCUCAGAAGCAGAACAGGGGCAAGUAGAAAGACAUGUUCAAAGUUGGGUUGAACAGCUACAGAGUUUGUCCAGUGAUAUGACGUUGGAAGAGGACUCACUUGACCGGGAAGAGGAGAAAUUCUGGGAAGAGCUUAAAAAAGAAUACCUUGAACCUCUGCCCAAUGACAAAGAACAACAGAAAAAGAUGGCCAAUGAGCUGCGGGAGCUGAGAAACAAAAUCAACUUUGUCUUCUUCAUCGUGAAUGCUAUUUGGCUCGUGGCAACCUUCAUCCUUCAGAUCUUCAAUGGCACUUUAUCCAUCCAGAUCCCAAAGUUAGACAUUAACCUCAAGGAAACUGGAGGUCAUAUCCAAAUUGAGCCUGUUAGUUUCAUGUUCAUUUUGGGAUUUGCUGUUUCAGUUUUGAUCCAGUUCCUUGCAAUGUUUUACCACAGAAUCUACACCCUCAUCCAUUAUGUAGCCUUUGUGGACACAGAACCAAAAAAGAAGAAACUUAAAAAACAAGAUUCAUACCUGCCAGGCAAAAAGGAUGAUGCCAGCUCAAAUGCAGACUCAGUCUACGGCUCCAUGGGGAGCCUUGACAUCAAGGACAGCGAUGAGUCAGACGUCACCACAGGAUCUGAUGAAGAGGAUCAGGUGUAAACAUCUGGUGCUACUGU